CAAUAUUUCAUGGAAAUUUCAUAUCUUUUAAAAAUAAUUUGCUGUAAUUUUAUAUUAGACAAAAUACUAGUUCUAUUUUAAAAUUCUAGUGGGAAUUCGUUAGUAUAAUAGCAUUUCUGGUUUUGGAGUAUUGAUAACCGCAAUUUUAGGAACAUGAACCCAAACGUCCCAAACAUUUAUGAUUUUAUAAUUACUAAUUUGCAAUGUAUUUUUGUACCGUUGAUCGACGGUGUGUUAAAUUAUAGAUUUAUAUUCUUCAUUUAUUAUUUGUAUAGUUGUAUUUGAGAGUUGCGAGGGGUCGUUGGACUAUUUUAGUUAAGUUAAUAAUUAAUGAUACACAUAACUUAGUAGAGAAAGUAUCUUCUCUACAUUGUGGUGAUACGUAUAAAAAAUCUACUGGUGAACUGUAGUCGAACGAAGACAAAAUAUAAAAUAAGGUAAAGUUCGGAAGUUCAUACAAUUAAGGUAUCGUAGGUAAUAGAUUCGCUAACUCUAAUUGCAAUAUAUUUAAACCUGAAACGGUGAAACGAUAAAAUAUGAAAGUAGUUAGUAACGAAUCGGAUAUCUAUCCAUAUCUAAUUUUAUGCAUAAAAAAGUCAUUUAUGUAUUUAUAUUGACGUCCAUGUAUCUAUCGUACGGUCGUUAGUAUAAUCGUAUCUAUAUAGUUAGGUUAGAUGUUGCUCGCGAUUCGUAAACGUGUUUACCGGGUGACGACGCACGCUCAAUAUCAUUAAUCGUUUACACUCGCACGAUCGCCAUAAUUCGUAGGCACGUGUAUUAAAUUUUGGUCAAACGAGUAACGAAAAAAAUGGCCCCAACAACGGACAUCGAUCGACCAGCGACCGGCAGAGGAGAUUGGAAUACUACGGAGACUGGAACAUACAUUGAAAAACAUCGCAGAUCCGAGUGAUUGAACAGUGUCGAAACAUUUCUGACUGUACGUCGGGGGUAUACCUAUUUACUGUUUAUUAUUAAUAUUCAUUGAUAUAGGUCUUCGCAUCGUCUGUCCGGAUGGCGGAUACGCAUUCUAUUAGGUAGUACGGUAUUAUAAUUGUGUCGAUAUUAUUGCGAGUGCGUGCGUGCGUAUAUCCCGUAGUUGGUAGUGGUGCAGGCUGCUAUGUAAUGUAUUAUUUUCUAUACUGCGAGCGGCGAACCUCAUCACUUUCGUGUCUGUGUCGAAGUCUCGUGUGUGUUUGUGUGUGUGUCUGUUUGUAAUUUUGUGUUUGUGUGUUUCUGUGUGCAAUGUGUAUGUUGGCUGCAUUCUAUCUUCCAUAGUGAAAUUGCCACUUUUAAACAAAAGGCUUUAAAAUUAGUUUUCAUCUGUUUCCUUACGUAUACCUACAAAAUUGUUACUCAAUACGUUUCUGUCUGGUUUGUCAAUUGGCGCAGCAUAGCAACGACGACAGAUCAGAAGAGGUACAUCGAAGAUAUUUGUUGUUUCCUUUUUGAAAAUUAUUAAACGGAUCACCCGCAAUAGCGUUGGUGGUAGUAUUGGUGUAGAGUGUGGACUACGUGACAUUUUAGAAAUGUGGGAUGGACGUCCAUCUUUCAAAACGCAAUCCUUGGCUCUUAACAAUGCAACGCACAUUUUCGAUUUCUAACGUUCAAUAAUUAUAUUAUAGAUUCGAUACUUUUUUCAAUCAAGUUAAGUUAUUAUAGAAUUUUAUUGAAAGUGUUUUUAUCUCUGUUUAAGUAAGUAAUAAUAAUUAUUGUUUUUAUAUAUAUUCGUAUAUACUAUAGCAUUGUAUUAAAAUGAGUGUAAAAAGAGAUGUAAAGUGUAAACUUGAAAUUGAUGAACCAAAACAAAAAGAAUGUCCUGAAGGAAAAUUUAUUGAUCCUGUCAGUCUUAUGGAAAAGGGCAAAUUCGUUUUCAAGGUUCCACCAGAAGCUCCAGUUUUUGAGCCUACUGCUGAAGAAUUUAAAGAUCCAUUGAAAUAUAUUGCUAAAAUUAGAAGUGUAGCUCAAGAACAUGGAAUUUGUAAAAUUAGGCCUCCGUCUAAUUGGCAUCCUCCAUUUUGCGUGGAUGUUGAUAACUUUAAAUUUACACCAAGGAUUCAAAAACUAAAUGAACUCGAUGCGAGUACUAGAGUUAAACUUAAUUUCUUAGAAAAAAUUGCCAAGUAUUGGCAUUUACAAGGGAUUCGUAUUAAAAUACCAGUAUUAGAACAAAGAGCUGUAGAUUUAUAUUCUCUUUAUAAAAUUGUAGAAUUUGAAGGCGGUUUUGAUGAAGUAUGUUUGGCAAAAAAAUGGGGAAAAGUGGCAAGUCGUAUGGGUUAUGUUUGUGAAAAAACUUCUGGUACGGUUUUAAAAAGUCAUCAUGAAAGGUGGCUCAAUCCAUUUUCACUUUUUCACGCCACCAUUAAAGAUGAAAUUUAUAACAAACCAAUAAAAAGAGAAAAUAAAGUUGUAAAUAUUAAAGAAGAAAGUUCUUCUGUUUCAAAUUCGCCUACUAAACGAGCUAGACUCAGCCCAGAUGACGAGAAUGAAUCUGAUGAUUAUAUUAAGGAUCCAUUUUAUCUAAUGGAAAACAAAGAAUUAAGAAAAUUACAAUUUUUUGGUGCUGGUCCUAAGAUGGCAGGGUUUAGUUCCAAGUGUAGAAUAGGACAUUUAAAGUCAAAAGAUUCUAAAAAGUCCAAAAAGAGAAGUAAACCAGCUGUAGAUUAUUUGGAUAAAUAUUAUUGCCAAAAAUGUGGAAGUGGUAAAUCUGAAGAAACUAUUUUAAUUUGUGAUGGGUGUGAUUUAAGUUUCCACAUGCAAUGUUUAAUUAUACCAUUAACUAGUGUUCCCAAGGGAGAAUGGAGAUGUCAUAAAUGUGUGAUCAAUGAAGUUAUCAAGCCUAGUGAUGCUUUUGGAUUUGAACAAGCUCAGCGUGAGUACACACUUCAACAAUUUGGAGAAAUGGCAGAUCAAUUUAAAUCUAAAUAUUUUAACAUGCCAGUUCAUCUUGUGCCUACACGCAAAGUUGAACAGGAGUAUUGGAAAAUUGUUUCAUCUAUUGAUUCCACAGUAAUAGCAGAAUAUGGUGCCGAUUUACACACUAUGGAUCAUGGAUCAGGAUUCCCUACAGGUCUUGCACUUUGUGGAAAUGAAGAUAAUACUUUUUACAAGUCAUACAUAGAAGAUCGUUGGAAUUUAAAUAAUAUACCAAUACUUAAAGACUCUGUUCUUAGUUUUAUUAAUGCUGAUAUAUCUGGUAUGAAAAUUCCAUGGAUGUAUGUUGGAAUGUGUUUUUCCACAUUUUGCUGGCAUAAUGAAGAUCAUUGGAGCUACUCGAUCAACUAUUUACAUUGGGGAGAACCAAAAACAUGGUAUGGAGUUCCAGGAGCUUACGCGGAAGCUUUUGAACAAGUUAUGAAGGAGACAACACCAGAAUUAUUUCAUUCUCAGCCAGAUCUCUUACAUCAGUUGGUUACUAUUCUGAAUCCAAAUAUAUUGAUGAAAGCAAAUGUCCCAAUCUAUCGAACUGAUCAGAAUGCUGGAGAAUUUGUUGUUACUUUUCCGAGAUCUUAUCAUACUGGAUUUAAUCAAGGAUAUAAUUUUGCUGAAGCUGUGAAUUUUGCUCCUGCUGAUUGGAUUUCAAUAGGUCGUGAAUGUGUUAACCAUUAUUCCUCUCUCAAACGAAUAUGUGUUUUUUCCCAUGAUGAACUUAUAUGUAAAAUGGUUAACUCUUGUGAUGACUUGGCACCAAAAGCAGCUGAACUCGUAUAUGAUGAUUUGAAUGAAAUGGUGAAGUUUGAAAGAGUUCAACGUAAAGCACUUUUAGAUUGGGGUGUCACUGAAGCGGAUUUUGUUGAAUUUGAACACCAGGUAGAUGACCUUAGACAAUGUAUGGUUUGUAAUACCACUCUAUAUGUAUCUGCUGUAUCCUGUUCAUGUGAUCCGAAAAGACUGGCAUGUCUUCGGCAUUUUAAACAACUUUGUGAUUGUCCUGCACAAAUGCACGUGUUCAAAUAUAGGUACACCCUUGAUGAAUUUCCACCUUUACUACGAAAGGUUAAAGCUAAAGCUGAACAAGCUUAUGAUGAUUGAAUAUAUUUAAAUUUUUUUUUUUUAUGGCUGAAAACAAUUUAAGCAGUUAUUGACAAAUAUAACCAUAAUAUGAAAAUAAAGAAACAAAUAUAAAAAUAUGUUAAAAAACUAUAUUUUUGCAUCUCAUAGAUAUGUUAUAUAUUUAAGUCUUCUUAGUUUAGUAAUUGAUUGUUUACCUAAAUAUUAAAGACAGUUAAGUAUUUUAAAAUCUAAUAAAAAUUUUUUUACAUUAUUAAAUAUUGUACAUACUCUGAAUAUACUUGUGUAUUCUAGUACCCAUAAAAUAGUUGCAUCUUUUUUUCUCAAUAUAUUUCAAUGAACAUAGUAUUAUCUUUUAGUACUAGAUAUGUUCUAAUUAGAAACUGAUAUCUCAACAUUAUAAUUGUUAUAUUAAUGUUGAUUUUUAAAUAUACUUAUUAUUAUAUUAUUUAAAAUGUAUCUUUAAUAAUUAUAAAUGUUAACAACCUAAUAGAAUAUUUAAUUUAUUACCUAGAAAUAUAUAAAUAAAAAUCAUUGCCAGACAUCACCAAAUAUUAUAUUUUUUAAUACACUAACUGCUGAUAAAAUUAUUUAAAUUGGCCCUUUAAUUGAUCUCUACGAUAAUAUAAACUUGUGUAGUAUGUUAAAUGUUUGAUGUGUGAUUUUUUUUCGAAGUUAGAAUUUUAAGUUCCUAUAUAAAUAUUAACCUUUUUUUAUAUAUCAUCUGUCAUCUUCCUGGAUUUUAAUUUUAGAUUUUUUCUCACAUGUAUUAUUAUGUAAUUAUAAUGUUAUUGAUCAUAUAAUAUAUCAUAUUUUAUUGAUUUAUUAUGUCUAUUAUAUUUUAGUUUUUAUUUAUCUCAUAAAUUGUAUUUUAGAUUUUAUGUUGUAGAUAAUUUCUCUGUGCAAAUAUAAUUCUGUAAAAGUAAUCAAGAUCAAGUCAAAACUUUUUCUUGUUUAUAUUAAAUGUAUAUUUUACCUUUAUUUUCAUUAUAAUUUUAAAAUAAUAUACCUAAUUACAUAAACUUUAAUUUGAACAAAUUUAUAUUUUUUCUAAAAAAUAGAGCUGUAAUAAUUUAAAGGUAAUAAUUAUCUAUACAAUCAGUAUAAUUAUUUUGUGUGUAUUAUAAUAUAUCAUAUUAUGGAAAUUAAUUAUUGAGAAAGGAAUUAUAUUUUAAAUGAAAACAACUAAAUUUACUUUUGAUUUUUAAUCUGUAUUUAAUAAUAAGUAUACAAGUCUUCGUAAUUGUAUAGUAUACAAUGUAGUACAAAAUAUUUUAUUUUUACUUUUAAGUGUAGUUAUAAUUAGUAUUUAAUUUGUACCAACUUUAAUUUGUGUGUACUUAAUAUUUAUGUCACUGUUGCAGAUAAACUAAUAAAAAUACUUAAAAACACUGUUUGAAACUUGAAAUUAUACAUUACUCAUUUUCAAUUACCUAAAAAAUAAUUUAAUGACCAGGGGUAGUAAGUUGAUGCACUAAAUAAUAAAACUUGAAUAUCAUAUUUAUAGUUAUUUUUAUUAGAUUUACUUGUUGACUGUUAUAUGCAACAUCUUAUUUUUAAUCGUUAAACUGGUCAACCAUCUUACUGUAUGACAUUAAUUUAAAAUUUCGGUUUUGAUGUUGGACAAAUCGGUUUUAUAAGUUGUUACACUAAAAAUCACAAUUUACAUCAUUUAAUAUCAUUUUUGAAUUUAAAAAAAUUCACAAUUAAUCGAAAAUUGAUGUUAAAUAAUGUCAUACAUUGAAUCUAUUCAAUCUGAAACAAAUUUCUGUGAACUACAGUUUAAUA